CUGUAUGGGUCUUUCCUGUGCUAUCUUUUUUUCUCUGCUCCCGUUUUGUGUGUUGGGGGGAUGGGGUUGUGCCGAGGAUGAGACACUCCAAAUAUUUACCACUUGGCUAACUAAAUAUCUUUAUUUCCGAACUGGGUUUCCUCUGUCUCUCUUGUUGAUAUAAAUACUUUUCGACCACGUAUGAGUUUAGGUGGAAUUUGGCCAAAAUAAAGUGGAGUAUCUGUACGUCCACGACACACGCUUAAAAAGUCGACAAAAUGUAUUCCUCUGCUGGAGCUGCUGAGUUGCUUGAGGGACCCCGUUCUUCUGGGUCAACAGGCUCUGACCCCCCUGUUUUAGACCCCCCAUCUUCCCCAGUGCCAGAAUAUGUGUUCAAGCCACCAUCACGGCCAGACUUUGGCACCAUGGGCAGGACAAUCAAGCUCCAGGCCAACUUCUUCGAGAUGGAAAUCCCCAAACUGGAGGUCUACCAUUAUGACAUCGACAUCAAACCUGAGAAAUGCCCCAGGAGGGUCAAUCGUGAAAUUGUGGAGCACAUGGUCCAGCACUUUAAAACACAAAUCUUUGGUGAUCGAAAGCCAGUAUAUGACGGGAGGAAGAAUCUCUACACUGCCAUGCCCUUGCCCAUAGGCAGAGACAAAGUGGAGCUUGAGGUAACCAUUCCUGGUGAAGGCAAAGACCGCAGCUUCAAAGUAUCCAUCAAGUGGGUGUCCUGCGUCAGCCUGCAAGCUCUGCACGAGGCACUAUCAGGACGGCUACCCAGCGUUCCCUUUGAGACCGUCCAAGCCUUGGAUGUGGUCAUGAGACAUUUGCCCUCUAUGAGGUAUACCCCAGUGGGCCGCUCUUUCUUCACUCCCUCAGAGGGAUGUUCGAACCCCCUCGGUGGUGGCAGAGAGGUGUGGUUUGGCUUCCACCAGUCUGUCAGGCCUUCCCUCUGGAAAAUGAUGCUCAACAUUGAUGUCUCAGCCACUGCAUUCUACAAAGCCCAGCCUGUUAUUGAGUUCAUGUGUGAGGUCUUGGAUUUCAAAAGCAUUGAAGAACAACAGAAGCCCUUAACAGACUCUCAACGAGUGAAAUUUACAAAAGAAAUCAAAGGCCUGAAGGUGGAGAUCACUCACUGUGGACAGAUGAAGAGGAAGUACAGAGUGUGCAACGUGACCAGAAGACCAGCCAGCCACCAAACGUUCCCCCUGCAGCAGGAGAACGGCCAAACUAUUGAAUGCACAGUAGCACAGUACUUCAAAGACAAGUACAAGCUCAUCCUGAGAUACCCCCACCUCCCGUGUCUACAGGUGGGACAGGAGCAGAAGCACACCUACCUACCUCUAGAGGUGUGUAACAUAGUGGCAGGACAGCGCUGCAUCAAAAAGCUGACAGACAAUCAGACCUCCACUAUGAUCCGUGCCACAGCCCGAUCGGCACCAGACCGUCAGGACGAGAUUAGUAAAUUGAUGAGAAGUGCCAACUUCAACACCGACCCUUACGUUCGUGAAUUUGGAGUGAUGGUGAGGGAUGAGAUGACAGAAGUGAAUGGCCGUGUCCUACAAGCACCUUCCAUUCUGUAUGGAGGCAGGAACAAAGCAAUAGCCACACCAAUCCAGGGAGUAUGGGACAUGAGGAACAAGCAGUUCCACACUGGCAUUGAGAUCAAAGUGUGGGCCAUCGCCUGCUUUGCACCACAGAGACAGUGCACUGAACUCCUGCUCAAAGCAUUCACAGAUCAGCUUAGGAAGAUCUCUAGGGAUGCAGGGAUGCCCAUCCAGGGUCAGCCUUGCUUCUGUAAGUACGCCCAAGGAGCGGACAGCGUGGAGCCCAUGUUCAGGCACCUCAAGUACACUUACCAGGGCCUCCAGCUGGUGGUCGUCAUCCUACCGGGGAAGACACCCGUCUACGCUGAGGUGAAACGUGUUGGGGACACAGUACUUGGCAUGGCCACGCAGUGUGUGCAGGUGAAGAAUGUUCAAAAGACAACACCUCAGACCCUCUCCAACCUCUGUCUGAAGAUCAACGUCAAGCUGGGCGGUGUCAAUAACAUCCUCCUCCCACAGGGCAGGCCGUUGGUGUUCCAGCAGCCAGUGAUCUUCCUUGGUGCAGAUGUGACUCAUCCACCUGCAGGAGAUGGAAAAAAGCCUUCCAUCGCUGCUGUUGUUGGUAGUAUGGAUGCCCAUCCCAGCAGAUACUGUGCUACAGUCCGGGUGCAGCAGCACCGUCAGGACAUCAUCCAGGACCUGGCCACCAUGGUGAGGGAGCUGCUCAUCCAGUUCUACAAGUCCACCCGCUUCAAGCCUACCAGAAUCAUUUACUACCGCGAUGGCAUUUCUGAGGGCCAAUUCAACCAGGUCCUUCAGCAUGAGCUGCUGGCGAUCCGUGAGGCCUGCAUAAAACUAGAGAAGGACUACCAGCCUGGUAUCACCUUUGUGGUCGUGCAGAAGAGACACCAUACAAGACUGUUCUGUAUGGACAGAAACGAGAGGGUUGGGAAGAGUGGCAACAUUCCAGCAGGCACCACAGUGGACACCAAAAUCACUCACCCAUCAGAAUUUGACUUCUACCUUUGCAGUCAUGCUGGCAUUCAGGGUACGAGCAGGCCGUCUCAUUACCACGUGCUCUGGGACGACAACCACUUCUCUUCAGAUGAACUGCAAGUCCUCACCUACCAGCUAUGCCACACCUAUGUGCGCUGCACCCGGUCAGUUUCCAUCCCAGCACCAGCUUACUACGCCCAUUUGGUGGCUUUCCGGGCUCGCUAUCACUUGGUGGACAAAGAGCAUGACAGUGCCGAGGGCAGUCAUACAUCAGGCCAGAGUAACGGGCGUGACCAACAGGCCUUGGCCAAGGCCGUUCAGAUCCACCAGGACACCCUGCGCACCAUGUACUUUGCCUGAGAGCACACAACCCCAGGUUGGGGUGGGUGAGACCCCCACUGAUGAAACACACUACCCCUCGCUGUCUCACUUUCAGCUGUAGAUAGCAUCACAGUGGUUUCAUUCACAUCAUGAUCUCCCUACCUAACAGAUCUGUCAGUUACCCAUAUGUCUACAAUUGUACUUCAGUCCCUGACCUACCCAAACCAAGCCAGCUAUUAGACUGUAAGAUGCAAAAGAAUCUCUCUUUCUUGGAGUUUGAGCUAGAAGAGGUUUUAUUUACAUGUUGUGCAUUAGUGUGUGUUUGUAUUUGUUGCAGGGGAAUAUGUUGCAAAGUAUGAAAGGAAAAAGAAAAGUUUGUACACUGAUAAAAGAAAUCUUCAAUUUCUAAACUAGUGGGCAGUAUCAUUAUACAUUGGGGUGAAUUAUAAUUUAGAAGAAGCUGUUCACCCUCCUUCUCUCUGUUUCUAUUGAUUGUUAGGGUCUUGGUGCUUGAAGGGAGAAGGAUCAAAUUCAUCAAAAGAUGAGGAGGCCUGUUCACUGUUUAUAUGCCUAAAGAUUAGCUCCUCUGACAAACAUUAUUUAUCAGCCAAUCAAAGCAAAGUGCACUGACCAGAAUGGGUACUUCAAUCAGGACAAAAGUACUUAAUAUAUUGAAGGUUGUGUGAGAUGUUUUUCACAUAGGGCACUAUGUGAUGAAAAGUGCCAUUUGAGACCACCUUUCUGUUGUCGUUUCUGUGUUAAACUUUGAAUUAUUAGGCCCACAUCUGCUGGGUUUUCAGUAUUUGUCCUUGAUUGACACUGAUGACUAUUUUAUGCCAAAUCUGGUGACAACUUACUUAAGGAUUCUUUGCAUCAGAUUUGUUAUCAACCCUUGAACCAACACUUAGUUUAUUCUAGAGGGCUUUUAGUGUUCAGAUAGAGAUUGAAAUAAUAGCAAUUUUAUCCUUCUCUGCCUCUCUUGUUAGUUUGAACUGAAAGAGUUGCACCAGUAACUUAAUUCCCAUGCCGAGAAAUAGUGUAUUGGGACUGGUUCCCAACAAGGACACCUUUCUAAUGUACUCUGAGCCGUGUUGAUAAAAGACACAUGAUGUAGAAAUCAACAUAAAGGGGAACUUGAUGAAAUCUUUUUUUUUUUUUCCCCUUCGGUUUUUAUAGUCUAAUUUAAUUUCAAUCAUUUUUGUAAUGAAUAUGCAUGUAGCUGACUCAUGUUUUAGACCUUUAGGCAUUUGUGAUAAUUGUUUAUUUCUUCCUUUAUACACAUUAACCCUACUUUUAUGUUUUUUAAUGUAUAUAGCAGCAGGAUAGAGUUUUCUGCAGUGUCUUUGUCAGAGCAGGAUAUUUGUGUGGCAUCUCGAUAUCCAGGCAUUCGGUACAGUGGAGUGAAAGCUGCAACAUUUUAGAGUUUAACUGAUCAAAAUUCCCUAAAAAACACAACUAGUGUUUGCUCCAGGAAUUUGGAGCAGUCGUCGCACAAAAGCUUUUAUGCAAAUGACUUUUUGUGAGUCUUUAUACUAUAUAGUAAUAUUGGUAAUAAGGUAUAUUUUGAAUAAGCUUUCAGUGGAGGCUGCUGAAAAUAUAUAGAGAUUUUUUUUUUUUUUUAAAUGACCGGCCCACAUGUAGUCUAAACUAACAUUUAGUCUAUUUGUAAACAGAUUUUAAAUGCAAAUAUUCUCUUGCCUUCUAAGACUGUUGCAGUCUUACUAAUAAUUCUAGACAUUUCCUAACAUCCCACCUAAGUUUUACUACUAGGUUAAGCUGGCGAAUGUUCUCAUAGUCUUGAUUGGAGGAGAGUAGUCUAUAUUUUCUAACUAUGCAUUAUUUUUAACCAAGAGAUUUAGCAGUGGGGUAUCUCACAUGAAUUUGGGUCAUUUAUAGAGGUAGAUAAUCAGGGCUUUUUUGUUUGUUUUUGUUUGUUUUUGUUUUUUUUAGCAUGUUGCAUUUAGUAGUGUUUCUUAGUGCUUAUCAGCAUAUUCAUGCCUUUCUAAUGGGAUGAAGUAUUUAUGUGGUCAUUUGUAACAUUGUAGAUUUUAUAGCCUGAAAAUUGGGUGUAUCCUUUGUAACACACAAUCUUUCUUAGCCAAACAAGAUUAUAAACUUUUACAUGAUUAAUAUUCAAAAGACUAGGAAGCACAAACAGACAUCUUGAUUCUAGGUGCUAGAAGUUUUCACUGUAAACCACCUUAAAUCCUCACUGGACUGGUCAACAAGGCUUUUUACUUGUAUGUUAAAAAGAUGCUUCAUCAUCUUGAGGAUCUUUUCUCUCCCUUUGACGACCUCUCUGUUACCCUUUUUACUCAUUAUCUGUAAAGCAACUAGAAAUCCGACUGACUGUGUUUGUGGGGCAUUCUGAAAAUCAUGUACUUGAUAUUUACUGUUAUGAUGUCAAUAUUGUUCUUAUCGGUGCUGGUCUCACAACAUGUAAAUUUGGAUGCACUUUUGAUAGCAGAACGUUAUAGAUGUGUGUUCCUCAAUCGAAGCAGGAGGCUCGGCCAUAUUGCGUGACACUGGUGUAAUUGUAUGGAAAUGGCCGUGUGUUCUACCUCUUGUUACCUGUUAAGUGUUAUGGUAACAUCACACUGCUGGCCAUUUCUGUAUAAUUACCCCUGCUAUCUAUCUAAUUGGCAUUGUUUGAGUCUUGCAUUGACAGUAGAGGUUUUAAACGCUUGGUGUGCAUGAUGGUGGACGUGCUUUCUCAGUUUAUGUAGUUGUGUGAUUUUUUUUUCUUCAUAGUUUUACUCAAACUUAUAAGAGAGAAUGUGUUUGUUUUUUGUUUUCUUUUAGGGGUUUUGAGCGUUGAGCUGUAUGACCAAAUUCUUGAAGUGUGUUUGUAUUAACACACAGCUUUCCCUUCUUUCUUUCCUUUUAUUCUAUGCACCGGUGAACUGACAGGCUUUUUUUUUUUUUUUUAAACCUUGAUUUUCAACCUGAGCAGUAUAACAACAAAUGCAAAGCCCACAUCAGGUAUGAUAAGUGCAUAAUCUUGAUUUGGAGAAAUUGUAAAUGCACCCUAGUGGUGCUUUUAGAGACUGUAUUGUUUAUAACUUGCAAGUGACUUAACAAAGAGAAUAAAUCAAGCACAUAUUUAAGUCCAUGUGAAAAGAUGUAUGUAACGUAUGUAAUUCAGCAAGGCCUUUGAUCAGUUAAGUUUCACUACAGAACAUUAUGGAAUUUGUCAUUAUAUGAGAUCAUGCAUUGAAAUCUUUCAUUCAAGUUUAAGUGUUACUGGAUGAGAACAAAUGAAUAUUGCGUUGCGUUUUAUGGAGACUGAUGUCAGGUGAAGCCCAGUUGUUGGUGAAUGUCCUUGGAAAAUGCCUGUCGUAUUAUGUAGAAAGUGGGAAAGUGAAUGGGGGUCCUAGAUAAUAGUGUGCUGAAAUUCAGAAUAUCAAGGUGUCUUUUAGGAGGUGGCUUUGUACUUGUUGUUACUUCUUUUUGUUUUACAUUAACUUUACCAGCACCUUAAAAUAGCAGAUCAGAAUGGCAAUGCUUUUCCUGGAGAUAAAACUCAAACAUUUGACAAUGUUGUUUUUGCACUAAACAAGAAUGGACUUUUGUAGCUGUUGCAGCAUUAGGUGUAUUUAUCAGGCAGCAGACUGACAGCCUCUUUUUUUUUAUUUAGAAAGGAGCAGUUGGAAUUGGUGACUUUUUAAAAUACACAGCUAACAGGCCUGAGAAAACGUCAGUGUGCACUUGCUAUUCAAAUAGCCACGCCACCUAGCCAACCAGCAUUCAGCAUGUCGUCUUUCAGAAAUAUGCCUUUAAAUGUUAAUGAAAGAGUGAAACUUAGUAGUUGCGUGGGCGGGUUGCCUUUGUACAGUGAUGUGGGAGAAAGGUGCUUCAUGCAAAACAAACUGACAGGUUUUUAAAAAGAGACCCAUUUACCUAUGGACAGUACAAUUUCUGUAGAGACGUGGAUGCCAAAGUGCUGUGUGAGGAUGAUGUGUACAGGAAGGUUUGACAUGGUUACAGUCCCUUUUUAAGUUUGCGAUGUGCAUAUAAAAAUAAUGCUUAAAGUAAGGCCUCUUUAUGUGUCACACACCACCAAUACAUAUCAAGAUUCAGAAGAGGCUGUUCCUUUUUUUACAUAAAUCUGCUUAAUCAUAAUGAGCUAAAUGAAGACUGUGUAUGGAACAAACAAAUGAAUACACCAGCCUGGAUGAAUGUGGCGCUGCUUUACAAGUUUAAUGGUGCCCAAGGUGCUUAGUUAGGCAUUCAAAACACCUGCAGUGGUAACCCUAAUGACAUAACAGGAUGCUUUCUCAAUACGUCACCUCAGUUUGGCUGUUUAUCCGUAUCUUUUGGGGUGGCCUAAACCAGGACAAAGCAGGUUCUAGAAAUGUCUGGUUUGUAAACUAAAUGGCAUAUCAUAAGCUAAUUUAAUUGAUCAGUUCAUUUUAGUUUCUUGAUACCAGGUUUUUCUUUUGUAAGUAUGUUUAAAUUUAGGGUUGAAAGAGGCCGAGAUAAAAUUCCUCCAAUGUGUAACGAUUGGCCUGUUUACUUUUUUGCUUUAGAAUGGUCUUGGAAUAAAAUAGAGCCCGAUUUCAAUCUAUACAUCAAUUUAUUCCAAACCAUUACCCUCUGUGUAGUAACGUCUCUCCUCUCAUCCGUCUCUUGUAGAGAAACUAUUGCUGAUAUAAAGAAACCUCUUGUAGAGUAGAACCUAUUUUCCUAGCUCCAAAUAAUAACAAUGAAUGUACUUAGAGCCUGCGUGGUUUGUAAUAUUGUAUAGGCUAUCCAUCCAGUACAUUUAUACUCAUGUUUGCUUCUUUUGUACAGCCUUUUCUUUUUCUCUUUGGUGUUUUUCUCCUGUUUUAUAGGCUUUGAUAGUUGCAGAAAGUGUUAUGUUUUUAUCUUUAAUAUUUAAUUGAUUUAGAUAUUGCCCACAUCACCGCUGAUAUCAUUCAUCUUUUCACUGAUUAACAGGAGAUAUACAAGUCUACAGUUGAGAUGGCUACUGUAGUUUUAGGAGAUAAAUGUUUCACACUGGUGCAAAGAGUAGUCAUCUUUUCUGUUCUGGCGUCAUGCUUGUGUGAGGUGCUGUAACAUAAGAGCUGUGUGUGUGUGUGUGUGUGUGUGUGUAUAUAUAUAUAUAUAUAUAUAUGAUGGUUGCUUUGGUGUGUUAUCUUGUUUGCUGUUAGAUUUUUGGCUUCUGCUUAAGCCCUCGGUCUGAUGUUCCUGUCCUCUGUCUUUGCAGAGUUGUCCUGUAAAAUCCUAAAAUCCCCCCUGAGUUCAGCUCACUAACUCAUUAGCGCAGUGCCACUUGAAAGCAAAGAAGCUUUCUGUUUGAGUGUCGGUUGUGUUCCUUACUUUUGGUGAUUGUAUUACUACGCAACUGUUUUUUCAGAUUUUAAAAGUACCGUUUAUGAUUUACAUGGCACUCAGCUUCAGCAAGUAUAAUUUUCCUGUUCCUAUUCCUAGAUAAACCUUUCUGAAGCAUCACUUUGUCCUUGACAGUCAGUCUUUAUCAUGCCAAUGUCCACCCAAUUACCUGUAGCCACGUGACACUGGUGUGGUGUCCACAAGGUCUUUGCAGUUAAAGUUUGUCUAUAUUAUUGUUUUUAGCUAUAAUUCAAGAAUUCAGUACAAAUUCAAAUGGGGUACUAGCAGACCUGAGGAAAGAGCCAUUACGCCUCAUGUCCACCGCAUGCAGCUACGCGGCAUUUUGGUAUUCACGUCUGGUCGUUGUCUUGGUUUCAAAGUCUCCUCGAGGCGUUUGAGAAUCGUCUUCAAGCAGUCCUUCAGCAGCCAAAUUUCCAUUGUUGUUAAGGGUUGUUUGCUGACAUUUUUAGCCACGCUAGCAGUGCGGCUGUACAGAUAGUAGUGUUGGUCACUUUGGUCUUGACUUAAAUAUCUUAACAACUAUUUAAAGCAUGAAAUUUUGUUCAGACCUUCACAAUCCCAAUUAAUCCUAAUGACUUUGGUGAUCCCCUGACUUUUCAUCUUGUGCCACCAUCAGGUCAAAAUUUUAUUGGUUUAUAACCAAAUACCUGCAAAACUAAUGACAUUCCCAUCAGCCUCAGCUGUACUUUGUAUUGUAUUAAUUGAGCGUUAAUAAGCAAAUGUUAGCAUGCUAACACACUAAACUAAGAUUGUGACAUUGGUAAACAUUAUACCUGCUAAACAUUAGCAUGUUACCAUUGUCAUUGUGAGGAUACUAUGGCUGUAGACUCUUGUUUGUGUUUUACAAACAUAUUAAACACGUUUGCAGGUCAAUGUGGUAACAAAUACUCUGUGGCUGAACUCAUUUUAAUUACGGUACAUGGCAUGCUGUCUUAUCCUUGUGUUUGAUUUGACAAUUGUCAGUAAAUAUAGGCAUUUAUGUGCAUUCACAAGUGAAAUUCAAGCUUCAGAGACACAAGCUGCUCUGGCAAAAAUAGACCCAACGCAGGAUACCAGAGCAGAGAAAUCAGGCGUGAGUGUGAAUGGGAACCAAUAGCGCCGCGACUGAGCCAGAACACGACGCAGCUGCGUUCGGUGGACAUUGGGGUUAGGCUUGGGGCUGUAGUAGUUAAUCUGACCGUAACUGUGGAGAACUGUUAGCGAGCUUCACCAAACCAAUGCCAUCCAAUCCAGCUGAUCUACAUGCAUCCAAUCAUGCAAGACUCACAUGGAUAUUUUUGUAUUUUCAAAGCAUUUCUAGUCCUCAGAAUGACUUGGCUUUUUAUUUACCAACUUGGAAAAAACUACCUCAGAGCAGUGUCAGGUGCUAGCUAAUAUUAGCCCUAAUUUAUAACAAUGGUAACAAAAUCAGAAUUGUUGUGACCAAACCAAUAAAAGCCAAUAGCGUGUGAGAGCACUGUUCUUUUCUUUAACCUUAAUAAAUGGAAAACCAAGUAAUCAUGUAUGACUGGUUGGUUGCUGUAGUUGGUUACAUUGUAGGGGACCAAAUUUUUGUAAUUGGGAGUCUCAUUGUUUCAUGUGAGUCCUUCAUUUUUCAAAAGACAGUGACAAAAACAACCCAGCACAAUCUAGUACUCAUUCAUGUGGUGAAAUAAACUGUAAUCAUGACCGUAUCAUAUAUCAACAAACGUGCCAUCAUACAGUAAUUGCUAUUCACUAUGACAGUGUUUUCAUAUUCCAGUAAAAUGUUGGUGAUAUUGAGGAAUGUUUGUAGUGGCGGUGAAGGUUUGUUGGAAAGAUGUAGGCUAUGUACAGCAAUAACGAUGGUGUGUGGGCUGUGGAUCAUUGGUAAAUUGUUUGUCAUUAGGACAAUACUUGUCUCAAUAUUUGAAACCAGCCUUUUCUGUUUUUGUUUCACCAGAAUGUUGAAAUAUUAAGGUUUCAUACUGGAUAGAGCCACUCCACGUGAUCAAAUGCCUACAUUUCUCUGCCGUGUUAACCCAGUACUGCAAUAAAAUCAGGGUGCAUGUCCCUGUCUUCUUCUCAGUUCAUUUCUGCUCAAUGCCAUUUUUGUUAAGGGUAUAAGAUGUAAUUUUUGCAUGAGACAAUUUACAAAGGGAAUAUACACAUUUGAACAUACUUUACAAUGUAUCAAAUCAUUGUAAACUUCAACGAAAAGGUACAUAUGAGGUUAUGUGGCAAUUAACUACAGUUAAUUGUAAUUUAAUCUAAACUGAAAACAUCCAGUGUGUUUGUAGUCGUUUUAUGUGUGCCUUUUGUCAGAUCUCUUUCUUCUCCGUCUGCCCCAACAUUGGGUUUGUGAGUCCUUUCACCGUAAAGGUUUGACAAAAUCUGCUGCGCCACAUUAAAAAAAUUUCCAUUUUUAAUUAUCAUGCAACCUUGCGUGUAGAUGCUGCAUAGAACGAUCAGUAUUUGUGUUUUGCACUUUCAAAGCAGUCUCAAAAAAAAAUCGCCCACUUGAGGUUGGGCAGAAAGUAAAAUAACUGACGAGGUAUUUUAUGCUAUCAAUAGGAAUUAUAAGGAAUAAUAUGACUUUGAAGAGCUUUUCUAAAAAGGUUGAUAUAUCUAUAUAUAUUCAUGAAGUACCUCAUAAGCCUGAUAUAUGCUGCAUUGACUUUUUUUUCUUCUGUAGUGUACUUCAUAUUGUCCAAUAAUUUUUUUAAUUUUCCCCUUUUGGGAGGUUUGAAUGUCACUACAGGCUGUGCACAUGCCACAACCAGUAAAUCUGAUCGAGUUCUGUUGUAACAAAAGGACUUGUCUUUUUGUUUUUGCAUAUUCUCUGUGUCUGUGUAGCCAAAAACAUCGGGUUUAGUUGAUGAAGAGUUGACGUGCACCAAGCAUCCUGCGAGGCUCUGUGGUAUAACACGACUGUUGACUCAGGUAUUGUCGUGAAAGGGCUGUAUCUGCUUACUGUGUCCCUGUCCCAAACUUCCUCCUCCCCCCACACCUUUGUCUUAAAAUAGCCUUAGAUCUACACAUGAGGUUCCUAUUUGGCCUUAAAUGUUGAACAAAUUAUGCACUACAAUUUCACAGACUUGACAGAGAGCUCGAUUCCCGUUCAGACACUUUUAUUUUUUUUUGAUAAGUUUGUUUCGUGUCAUUGCCAUGUUAUCUACCUCCUAUGAAUGUAGGGGCUGUCCUGGAGUUGUAGUCCACUGCAAAACUUUUGAUUUUCUUGUUCAUUUAAGGAAAACAGACAAUCAUCUGUAGAUUCUUAAGAAAUAUAAAAUAUAUUCCCCUAUUCAUUCGUACAUAGAACUGAUUCCAGGACACUCCAUUUUUCUUGAUGUUUCUUUCCCUCAUAGGCCAUUUUCAUUUUAUACAUUGUGCUUUGUUCAUUGUAAGCCAUGAUGGAGAAGAAAAGUGACCAAAGUCUCUUGGCAAAGGCAGCCCUGCACAGCCGUGUGAAUUCAAACCUCCCUUCAUUUGUGUCAUUUUGAGCUCAGUUUUGAGUUGUUUUAUUUUUUUUUUCUCUCUCUCUCUCUCUCGUCUCCCUUAUUUAAACCACGACAUGCCAAAACUGAAUUUGCUGUCAUUCCUGUUCGGGUGAGGGUCUUUAUGUUGCUCAUUUAAUUUGUUCACAUCCACUGCUAAGCUCCUUGUUUUUGUUGUUGUUGUAAAGUUGUAAGCUUUGAUUUCUAUCUUACAUUUCCUUAUUUUUGUUAACAAUUAUGCUUACAGAACACAAGAUAUGCUGUAAACCCUGUUAGGACAUAAUGUGAAUACGUAUCACUUAAUAUAGUUCACUCUUUGGCUUGACUGUAAGUUGCGUUAAUUAAUAAAAAUGUAAAAAAAAAGA